GAACAGGCAGGAAGGAGGAGUGGUGUGAUGUCAGAAGACCUCUUGUUGCAGUCUCCACCGGUGAAGGUUCUGGCUGCACAGCUGCGGCGGUACUCUCGGAUUCCUGGUGGUCAGUGGCUGUUGGCUCGGGAGGAGUAUGGACGCCCCCCUUUGGCAGUUCCCCUUGUGUGGAUGCAGGGCACUGUCUUCACCGUGGACCAGGACGGCUCGACUGUGCAAAUGCAAGAUGAAAGUGGCUCUUUCAGGGUUCAGGGAGCAGACAAGGUCCCCAAAGGGCGGCCCUGCCUCAGUGCUGGGAAGUAUGUGAUGGUGAUGGGGCAGGUACUGUCUUGUAGCCCGGAGCCCAUCCUUCGAGCAGUGAAGAUGACAGCUCUCACCGACAGUGUCUUGCAUAGGAACAUGUGGGGGCUGGAAGUGGAGGAUUUGCACAGAAAUCUCCCUUAGUGGCGGAGGCCGCUUUGGUCUGUAUGCUUGUUUUCCGAAGAAAGCGAAGUCCUGAAGAGCCGUUUGAUUCUGCCUUUGAAAUUAAUUUCGAACGUAUCCUUCAGAGAACUUGAAUUACUUGGAGAAAUUUACUUACUCAGUUUACUGCAGGAGUUGAGAGCAGCGGGAACUGAAGAGUGUGCAUUUUUGAAUAGUUACUAUUUCCAGAUAAGUCAGUUUGGAUAAAGCAGCAUCAGGUUAGUACAGUGGAAGACUAAUUGUUGCCACAAUAAAAG